UCUUGCUGUCCUGCGCGAGGUUGCAGAAGAUUAGCUGUCCGGUGGUUUAUUCAAUUAUCUCUUCUCACUCAUUUGAACUUGGAAACAGAAUUCGUUGUACAUCACAGAAUAUUGCUUUGAUGUCUUAGGUAAUUCAUUAUAAUACCGAAUCAGAAUCAUUAAUCAAUGCUGGUUUCAUAAGAGAUUGGAGACAGUAUUAAUCUGUGACAAUAGUAUGUUGACUUGUGAGGCUUCUUGAAAAGCAAAUACACAUUUAAACAUGGUGCUUAAUUGCAAGUCACCCAGUUUGAUCCGAGAGGCCCCAGUGGGAAAUGGUGAGGGAAAAGCUGGACUUAAGAGAAAGUUGACUGGUCCCCCAAGACUCCUCUUGGGCAAGUCUAAGGCUAAAAGUGACCUUGAAGGCAGGGAAGACACUCCUAGCAUGCAAGCUGAAGGGCGCAACAGCUAUGGGAACCACAGGGGCGCCAUGGUAACCCAGCAGUCCACAAUCCAUGAGGAAAGGUCGCCAGGGUGUAUUUCAGAAAACCAAGAGAAACCUGUUGAGUCAGAGGUGAAACAAAUAACACCUGAAAAUCUAUUUCAAACUGAAGGAUGGUAUAGUGGAAAUCAAAGUGAAGAAAAAGCAGAGCACUCAGAUACCAGAAAUGACCCAAAAGAACAGUCUGGGAAGAGGUUUUGGAAGCGAAUCUUCUCUUCUCUUAAUUGCGUAAGAAGAAGGAGGAAAAGACUGAGAAAAAUGUCAGCAACGGAAGAUGUCACUUUCCGUAAUACACAGUCUGCACAAUUUGAGUGUGAUACAGAAUUAGGUAUGAGCAAUACAUUACCCCCUGAAAAACAACAAAAUGCUCAGAUGAACAACCACCAGGGAUGCAGAACUGUGAAAAGAAGAGCACCAUUCCCAGUGCGUAUACGGUGGAACAUUACAAAGCUGUUAAAUGCAUCCAGUCAUCAUAAAAAGGCAAACAGACAAUCAGAACAAGUGACACAUUUUGGAUACGUGGACUCCCUUGGGCCAGACCUUUAUCUGCGGAAAAGAAUUGGACAUUUCUUAAAGCAUGGACCGAAGAAACCUUCUCCCUUUUUCCAUGAGCAGCUUGAAAGAAAUAGUGAAUAUCUCGAUGAAGAGACCAUUGUGCUUUCUAACAGACAUGCAGGUGGUGCUUGCCAGAGGACACCCCCUGAUAUCCAACAAGGAAAUCAUUCAGAUGGUGACAUAGAGGCGAGUGGAUCGCAGUCACUGACCGUCAGUGUGGAGGUGAGUGUCAUUGGAGAAGGGGACAGAGAAGAGAGGGAAACUAACACAGACCUGGAGGCUUCUGGAAACCUUAUGAUUGCAAGUGGUCAGAGAGAGACAGCAGACCCACAAGCGUUGGCUGAAGCAUCUGAUGAAAAUGGGAUAAUGGCGGAUACCACAGAAUCCAACAGACAUCCUGAAUUUGUGAUUACAGAUUUGUUGGUGAAAGAGACUCCCGGCACAGAUUUUGCUGUCCAGGGUGCAUCAGCUUCUUGGCUAUCUAUAGUUGAUACCAGGGAAGGCCAGGAGGGUAUUCUAGAAGGGCAGGACCUAAGAUUGCCUGUGAAUGAUACGCUCAUAGGUUCAUGUGAAUCGUUCAAAGAAUCUGUGGCACGUGAUGAAAAGUCGGUUGAAGAAACCAUCCCACAGAGCAGAGUUACAGAUGAAGACAGCAUGCAAGAUAACAUCGCCUUGAAAAAUGUCAACUUUGAUGAUUUGCACUUGUGUUAUGAUGACACAAACAGAGGUGUGGAGAAUGGGCCUGAGGUGUGGACUGAACAGAACCUCCGGAAGAAAGACGAUGACUACAAGCACAGCCUUCAUGUCAAGGUUUUAGACUCAAAGUGCAGCGACGUCUUGCUGGUGCAGACUGCUUGCUGUUUGGUCCAGGCAGCCAUGAAAGCUGCUCUGGACCAACUCACAAAGGAGCUAAAGAACAAGACAGUGAGGAUUCACACAGAAUAUCAUGAAUUCCAAGAUGACACUUAACACUUUUGUUUAGGAUUGUGUUUCCUCUGUUUAAAUCCCCUUGAGAUUUCCUGAUUCAGUGACCACUUUAUUACCAUAUGUUCACUAUGUCAGAGAGGUAACAGAGAUAAUAGCUCAAAAUACGCAAAUGCGUGUUACACAUAUAGAUUAAUAUGUGUAUGUGGCAUAUAUACAAAAUAAUCAAUAUCAAUGACUAUUUAUCCCAGUGCAUUUAGACUUGCAGGGUAAUCUUUGAAUUAGACAGCAGAAUCAGCUAGCACUAAUGCAAGUAGGCUAUUUAUAGAACCUGGAUGGGCUCGUAAUGAACAUAGAUAAUAAGACUGACCCAUUUGUAUAGUGUGAUUAUAGGUGAAUCUUCACAGCAAUCUGCUCUACAGUGACGCUAAUGAUUAAGCCAGCAAAUAGUAGGAAAUUAUUUUGCCACAUUAGGUAUUUGCUUUCAAUGGUUUGUUCAACUUGAAAAAGGUAGUAUUACCACAAUGCCCUUAUUUCCAUUGAUUCGGUGGCACUCAGUAGGAAUAUAAUUGCAUUUUGUAGCUAGAGAAAAAUGUCUGGAAAUAUAUGGACAAUUAAUAAUAGGAAUUGUACAUGAAAAUGAAAAGAAUUAUAGGUUAUUUAAAUUAAGAAUCUUUGCAGAAAGUGCUUUGAAAUGUGGAGUGAAACUUACUCUACAAGGCGUGACUGAUUGAUUUUAAACACACUUAAUAAAGGGUUAAUACGCCAGGACUUGUCAACUUCAAUUCAGUGUGGCUAUACACUCAUAUGGCACCAGAGGCCACUCCUUUUGUUCCAUACAGGUAAUCCUAUUUGAAUUUCUAGUAUAUUAUUUUAAGGUAAUGUUUCCAUUCUGUCUUUGGUGAUUCUAUGAGAAAGUAGAACAGAAAAAGUAGACAGAGUACUUGCAAUUAGCCAAACAAUGUUCAUUGAUUCAGUGUGAGCUUUUCAUGUGUAACUUACUGUAAUGCUGACUUAUUGUUAACUCCAAAUUUGUUAUGUAAUUCAUGUUAAAUAUUGGUAACUUAAAUCAGUGCUAAAAAUGGAUUCCCUUACAUUUGAGUACUGAAACCAAAGCAGCUCUUGCCUGUUGCAGUAGAAAGCAGGACAUUCUCCCUCAGAUUUGCAAAUGUGUAAGAUUUAUUUCACCAAACCAGGUCUUGAUAGUUAUACGAGUGCAUUUUAAUUUUGUAAAUGGCCAGUAUUCAUGCAAAAAAAAAAAGAAAAGAAUUAAUUGCACUCCUUGCUUCCCUCCUUCUUGACAUAUCCAUGACAUUGGGAAUGCUUUCAAACACUCGUUUUCACUUACCAAUUUUCCAUGCACAUUAUACAGUACAUCAAAUGUUGCAUAACUUAUGUGUAACACUAGAUGCAUAGUAUUAACUCCUUGUCCAAUGUACCAGUUUAAAUCUGUUAUUGUGGUUACCUUUUCAAAUAAAUGUGAGAUAUCUAGAAAUGGUACCCUUCAUGGUUCAAAUAGAUACACACAUUAUAAGAUAAUGGUGAUAUUCAUUUGUGAUUGGUUUUCAGUGCACUGGGUAACAUUUCAGUGACAUUUUUUUUGAAUCACUGGACACAUGCUUAGAAACAGUGCCCUCUAGUGUGUAUGAAGAUGUAGCAUUUAAAAUGAAAAAAAAAGAUAUUCAGCAUUGCUUCUGCAUUUAACCUAAUUUUGUAAUGACUCAUUCAUGAGAUAAAAACAGCAAGUAUAAAUUGAUGGACAUAGUGUUCCAUUAAUAUAACUGGUUCAUCAAUAAAAAAUGUGUUGUGCUAAAAUGCUGCUUAAUGUGUUCCUGUGAUGUAAAAAUAUGUUUAAGGGCAGAAUGUUUAAUGGCAGUAGGGAGUAGUUGACUGGACUACACAUAUUUUCUUACAUUGUAUUUCCCGAAUAAUGCAUAGGGCAGAAUCUAUGUCUAAGGGCUCCCAAAUCUCAGUCCUGGAGAGCUAUCAACACAUUUACAAAUCAAUUGAUUACACAUCUAACUAAUCUUAUCGGGUUUACCUAGACUGACGUGACUGUUGAUUUUAAGGUGAAAUCCCUCAGCUCUCCAAGACCACAGUUGGGAAGCCCUGGUAUGUAACAUGAUAUACAGUUAAAUACAAGAGUAUUGGGACAGUGACACAAUUUUUGUUGCUUUGGCUCUGUACUGCAGCAUGUAGGAUCUGAAAUAAAACAAUGAAUAUAAGGUUAAAGUGUAGCUUUAAUUUGAAUGUAUUUACAUCCAUAUCAGGUGAUGGAUGGAUGGAUGUAUGGAUUAUAGGGGAUUUCUGCGCAGCGAAAGUAAUUGGACAAUUGGCUGCUCAGCUGUUUCUUGGCUAGCUGUGUGUCUUUGCAUCAAUAGUUCAUGCAUGAAUGCUCAUUUCCUGAGUUAAAAAUGCAUAGCUAAAAAUUACAACAAGUCAAGUCUUAUGGAGAGAUGAGACAAGUCUUAACAUGUACAGAAGUGACAGAGAGUAUGGAGAAAGAAAAGAACUGCUCAUGACCCGAAGCAUACCACCUCAUCUGCGAUACAAGGUGGAGGUAGUGUUAUGGUUUGGCCAUGUAUGACAGCUACUGUAUGACAGCUACUGGAACUGGCUGGCUUCUGUUUAUUGAUGAUGUGAAUGCUGAUGUUAGCAGCAGGAUGAAUUCUGAAGUUUACAUACACAUCUUAUCUCCUCAGAUCUAACCAAAUGUCUCAAAACUCACUGGAUAGUGCUUCCACUUACAACAGGACAAUGACCCAAAACAUACUGCUAAAGCAACUAAAGCAAAGUUUUUUUGGGCCGAAAAGUGGAAUGUUCUUGACUGGCCAAGUCGAUCACUCAACCUUAAAUCAUUUGAUCAUGCAUUUUGCUUUCUGAAGACAAGACCAUUCAAUGAGUCUAUUCAACAGUCACACAUGUAUACUCAAAGUGAGUUGAUUCUAACUCCCAGUGAGUUUAUUCCAAAGACAAAAAUUUGCUGUGCAAUGUGCUGGCAUACAGAGGCAGAACAACAAAAAUUGUGUCACUAUCCCAGUACUUUUGCAACUGAGCUUGUAUAUUGUACAGUAUAGUUCUAUGAGAUGUGUAAGUGAAUGUUAUUGUAUCUGCAUUAAUAUGUGUGUAUUCUUUAAUGUAUUCCAGGUGUCUCUAAGUUAAGAUCUAGGUAUUUUUGAGAAGGAUACAGCUUCUAAUUUCUGAUAACACUGUUUACAAUUUUCAUUUAUGUGCUUUGAUUUUUUUUAUUAGAUCAAAUAAAAACAUAAAUUGUAUUAAA